AUGGCCAAAAGUAGAGUAGCGCCAAUUAAAAGAUCAAUAACUUUACCUAGAUUGGAGCUAAUGGGAGCGCUUAUUGCAUCGCGGCUUGCAAAUGAGAUAAGUAGAACGUUGUUUACCGACGACACCUGCCCGUUAUAUUGUUGGACAGACUCCGCGGUUGUGUUAGCCUGGAUCCAAAGACAGUAUUUUUGGAAGCCGUUUGUGAGCAAUAGGGUAAGUGAAAUUUGUGCUCACACUAAGAAGGAACAUUGGCGGCACGUACCGGGCCAUUGCAAUCCGGCAGACCUACUGUCACGUGGCUGUAAUAUGAAGACAUUAAUGGACAGUCACUGGUGGGAUGGCCCUGCUUGGCUAUUAUCUGACCAAGAACUGUGGCCUCAGUCUAAUCACAUCGCAGUAGAUGAGAACGCUGUUUCCAUAGAAGCAAAGAAGGAGGUACUUGUAAAUACUAAUGUAGAUACUGAACAUUUUAGCGAGAAGCUUUUAUACUUUUCUAAGUAUUCAAGAAUUGUACGUGUAGUAGCUUGGAUAUUCCGAUGGAGAAGGCGACGAAUGUUUAGUAUAGCUUAUAUAAGCAAUGAUGAAUUCGAAGAAGCUGAGAAUAUACUUAUAAGACUUAUUCAGGGUGAACAUUAUGUAAAUAGAACUAAAUUGAAUAAGAAACUGUGCAUACAUUUAGAUAGUAAUAGUAUUAUGAGAGUAAAGACUAGAUUAGGUUUAGGAAAUUAUGAUAAAGAUUUUUCGAGUCCCAUAUUAUUACCAGGGAAAAAUGUCAUUGUGAGGCGACUCGUUGAAGAGAAACAUAUAUACUUAAAGCACAUUGGAUCACAUACUUUAAUGUCAGAGCUGAGAAACAGAUUCUGGAUUACAAGUGUGAGAUGGCUAUGUAAGGAUAUAGUUAAGAAAUGCAUAAUUUGUCGUAGGCAAAAGGGCAUACAUUAUGAUACACCGGAGACACCACUCCCUCUUGAACGGAUUCAAGGCACGGCAGCGUUUCAAAUGACAGGUAUAGAUCUGGCCGGGCCGUUGUAUUUACGUAAUCAAGAGAAAUGUUGGGUGGUUUUAUUUACUUGCGCGACAUUUAGGGCUGUGCAUUUUGAGAUGGUAGACUCAUUGUCCACAAAUAGUUUUAUUAUGAGUCUUCGUAGAUUUAUUGCUCGAAGAGGUCGUAUAGACGUCAUUUUCACGGACAACGGAACAAAUUUUCGAGGGACUGCCAAUUUACUGAAGGAUAUUAAUUGGCAGGAGGUUGAAAGUGUGACGGCAGUCCAUGCUAUAAAGUGGCGUUUUAUUCCACCUAGAACUCCUUGGUGGGAAGGUUGGUGGGAGAGUCUCAUUAGAGUAUUAAAGGAGAUGUUGCGAAGAAUAUUGGGGCGUCAGCGAUUGACUUGGGUAGAGUUGGACACAGUCUUGUGCGAUUGUGAAGCUGUCAUUAAUAGUCGGCCACUAACAUAUGUCUCGACUUGUACCGACGAUUUGCGGCCACUUACACCUAUGUUAUUUCUACAUGGCUUACCUUCUAAUGAUACUUCUGAUUUAGAUUAUGUAGAUAAUAUGAAUUUAAAUGUAAGAUACAAAUAUUUACAAAAGUUGAGAGAAGAUUUCAGAGUUCGAUUUCGUAAGGAGUAUUUGGCUUUACUUACAGCUAGAUGGAAGGAGAAGACAAUAGAAAUGAAGAAAGGAGAUAUAGUUCUAGUAGAGACAGACGCGAAAAGGCUAUUUUGGCCCUUGGGGUUAAUCAUGGAAGUAGUUACCGGGGCUGAUGGUGUUACUCGUUUGGCUAGAGUCAAGACUCAAAAAGGUGAAACUUUAAGACCAUGUCAGAGAUUGUAUCCGCUUGAGAUUUCAAAUGAUUCUGACCUCUUGCAACGAGCUGAAGUAACGAUAGAGGAUGAGAAGUUAUCAGUAAGUUCACAUAGUCCCGACUUACCCUCCUCGGUUACAGGUGGCGCGAAGGUGACGAAAACAACGCGGUGCGGUCGAAAUGUGAAAUUGCCUGCUCGGUACUUAUGA